GAAAUGAAACUUAACUGGUAAACAGAUAAGUUCGCCCAUUCGCAUACAAAGACAGACAACAGCAGAGCAGAGCAUCCAAGAAGAUAUGGCCACGGCCUGCAGUUUCCUGUCUGAAGAUCAGUUCCAGUGCUCCAUCUGUCUGGAUGUUUUCACCGAGCCUGUUUCAAUUCCAUGUGGACACAACUUCUGCAAGGCCUGUCUCACCAGGCACUGGGAGGGCAAAGAGCAGUGUCAGUGUCCACUGUGCAACGCGAAGUUCAACAAAGGGCUCAAACUUUGUGUCAACACUGUAUUCAGGGAGGUGGUGGAGAAUUUCAAGGAACACAAUAUGAUAGCUAACAUUUAUUCCCCAGUCAAACCAGGACAGGUGCCAUGUGACUGCUGCCUUGGCAACAAGUUCAAAGCCUCUAAAACCUGUUUGGUUUGCUUGGCCUCUUACUGUGAAAUGCACCUAGAGCCUCAUCUGAGAGUUCCAGCUUUAAAGAGACACAAACUGACUAAUCCUGUGCAUAACCUGGAGGACCAAAUAUGCAAGAAACACAACAGGAUGUUGGAGCUCUUCUGCAGGAAUGACCAGGCAUGUGUUUGUGUCCUGUGUACAGAACAUAGCUCUCAUGAUAUGGUCCCUUUAGAGGAAGCAUAUGUCGACAAGAGGGUUCACAUGGGGAAGCAAAAAACAGAAGUGCAGGAAAUGAAACAUAAGCGUGGAAAGAGGGCUCAGAAGACAAAAGUGACAGUGCAGACCAAGAGAAAAGGCAAAUAUGAAGUGAUGGCAAACAAUGUAGGCACGAAUCAAAUGCAAGCGUCUCUCAUUUGGUGGAUUCCACACCAAUUCAACAGACAUGGCUAUUAUCCAGGAAACAGGGUGUUUCCUGAAGGAAGAUUCUACCGUGAGGUUCAGGCCGAAGGGAAUACCGGCUUGGAUAUAGAAGAGUCGAUGCAUGGGAUGAGGACAUUUAUACCUAACCCCAGGAAUGAAAACUGGGUCAUAAGGUUAGGAACUGCCACCAACUGCAAUGCUCUACAUGAGGUCCCAGUCCACCUCUUCUUGAUUAGGAAACCUGAGAGAGUCGUUGUGUUUGUAGACUAUGACGCUGGAUUGGUGUCCUUUGUUGAUGCAGACACUGCGACCCUGGUCUACUUUUUUACUGGCUGCAAAUUCAACGAGAGAAUGUACCUAUUCUACAGCCACAGUCCUACAAAGAAAAACAGCUGGGCUAAGAGGCUACAAAUGGGAGUUCAGAAGAUAAAAGAAUGGUCACAACUUCCAGAUACCAAAUUCUGCUUGCUUUGUAUUGUCUUUGUCUUUGUAUUAGUUGUUUGUAUUAGUAUUGCAUUAUCAGAACAUGUUUUAAAUCAUGAAAAGAAAUAGAAACAUGUUCUUGCUACUGUGGUGAAUGCACUUGCAGAGGCAGGGAGAGUUAAAACAACCAUCUUCUUUCUCUCACUUAUCCAUGUGUAACAAAAUGAUUAAGGUUCACAUACAGUGAGUCUGUAAAUCACAAUGAAGUUGUAAAUAGGACUUUGUAUGCUUGUUUUGUUAUUUGGUGUUGAAUUAUCAGUAUUUAAUAUAAAAAAUAAUUUACAUAAAGUUUACAUCUCUGUGAAACA